CUGCGGAUGCGCGAGGCUGUGUCCAUCUAUCUGACACUUGUGUUGGUGGUCCUGGGCAUCCUCGUGGCCUCGUUCAAGCCCCCGGUCCCUGAGGAGAGGCCUUUCCCCUACCAGGUGCCCCUGGACCCCCACGGUCGCAUGCUCCUGGCCUGGAACGUCAGCUUUUCCCGGGAAACGGUGUGCUUCCAGCUGCUGGUCCGGGAGGUGGGCUUCGGGCUGGUGUUUGGGAUGUCGGACAGAGGAGAGGUCAGCAACGCUGAUCUGAUAGUGCUGUGGAGCGAUGAACACGGCUCCUACUUUGGGGAUGCCUGGAGUGACGAGCGAGCUCAGGUACACCUGGAUGAGCACCAGGAUUACCAGCUGCGGGAGGCACUGGAUGGCCCUGAAGGCUUCAGCCUCAUCUUCUGCAGAAAGUUCGAUACUUGUGAUGUUCGGGAUUACCUUAUUGAGGACGGGACGGUCCACCUCCUGUACGGGUUCCUGGAGAGUCCGGUCCCCUCGCUGGCGGCACUGAACCUGGGGGCGGUGGGGGUGGGGGUGCAGCGAGUGCAGCUGCUGAAGGCUGAGAUGCCAAAACCCCACCUGCCCCCCGACGUCAAACAGCUGGAGAUCCUGGCCCCCAACGUGAACAUCCCUGAGCAGGAGACCACCUACUGGUGUUACAUCAGCCAGCUGCCACGCCACUUCCCCAAACAUCACAUCGUCAUGUACGAGCCGGUGGUGGUGAAGGGGAACGAGGCUCUGGUGCACCACAUGGAGGUGUUCCAGUGCGCUGCAGAGUUUGACACGAUCCCAGCCUACAGUGGGCCGUGCGACUCCAAGAUGAAGCCGGGGCGUCUGAACUCCUGUCGUCACGUCCUGGCCGCCUGGGCCAUGGGGGCAAAGCCGUUUUAUUAUCCUGCUGAGGCCGGGCUCGUUAUCGGUGGGCCGAAUUCCUCCCGGUACUUACGUCUGGAGGUUCAUUACCACAACCCUCUGCUGCUACGCGGCCGCAGGGACUCCUCUGGGAUCCGCCUGCACUACACGCCCACAUUACGCCGCUAUGACGCGGGCAUCAUGGAGCUGGGGCUGGUCUACACACCCCUGAUGGCAAUCCCACCGCACGAGGCUUCCUGGGUGCUGACUGGGUACUGCACAGCACAGUGCACCCAGCAGACUCUCCCGCCAUCUGGAAUCCACAUCUUUGCCUCACAGCUGCACACGCACCUGGCGGGGACGGAGGUGCAGACAGUGCUGGUCCGGAACGGGGUGCAAGUGCAGGUGGUGAACGCCGACACACAUUACAGCACCCACUUCCAGGAGAUCCGCAUGUUAAAGUCGGAGGUCACAGUCCGUCCGGGAGACGUGCUGAUAACAUCGUGUACGUACAGCACCAGUGCUCGCACACACAUCACCCUGGGCGGUUUUGGGAUCCAGGAGGAGAUGUGUGUGAAUUACGUGCACUACUAUCCUCAGAGCAAGCUGGAGUUGUGUAAGAGUGCCGUGGACCCAGACUCGCUGCAAAAAUACUUCCGCUUCAUCAACAGUCUGGCUGAGGACAGUGUGUGUAGCUGCCCCUCGGAGCCGGUGUCCCAACAGUUCCAGGCCGUGUCCUGGGAUUCCUUCAGCAAACACGUGCUCCGCCUCCUGUAUGCCUCCGCCCCCAUCUCCAUGGACUGCAACCGCUCCUCCGCAGUUCGUUUCCCGGGAAACUGGGAACGGCAGCCUCUGCCGGUGAUCUCCUCGGUGCUGCCAGAGCCACGGCCUCUCUGUGCCGCUGCCCCUCGCCCGCCCCCCGCGUCACCAGGCCUGGUCCAGGCCAUCAGCCGCACCUUCAGUAACUAAAGGUCUGGAG